AUGACAAUCAAUCGUCCACUGGGCUUCCCAGUCCCAGACCCUACACCAGCCCCGCGCCCAAGUCGCGUCAUCCUCCAGGGUCGCACUGUGACUCUAGAGCCGCUGCAGGCCUCACAUGCGGAGGAAUUAUUCCCACAUGUCGGCGGAGCUGCAGUCGGCUGGCUAUGGGAUUACAUGCUUGGAGGCCCUGUAGCUGACGUCGAAGAAUUACGCACUCAAUUUGGUAUCUGGGAGAAAUCUGAAGAUCCAGUCAUCUGGGCUAUCAGGGUUCCUACCAAAAAGUCUACUUCAACUCAGGUGGUAGGAUAUAUUGGCUUCCUAGACAUCGCGCAUGUCCACCGCACUAUUGAAGUAGGCCAUGUCAUGUACUCGCUCGCCUUACAACGGACAACAGCUGCCACCGAGACAUUCUACCUACUGGCGCGAUACGCAUUCCGCGACCUCGGAUAUCGUCGUCUGAGUUGGAAAUGCAACAAUCUGAACGAAUCAUCCAAAAAGGCUGCUCUCCGGUACGGCUUUCUGUAUGAAGGAUUGUUUCGGCAGCAUCUGAUUAUCAAGGGUCGCAAUCGGGAUACGGCGUGGUUUUCGAUGUUGGAUUCUGAGUGGUCGGGGGAUGGUGGUUUUGAGGCGGGGUAUCAACGGUGGUUAGAUGAGAGGAAUUUUGAUGAGCAGGGGAAGCAGGAGAGGCGGUUGGAGGAAUUUGUCGUGAGGAAGCCAGUGCAGAAAGAAAAGGGUUGA